AUGUACGCAAUCGCUAGAAGCCUGCUCCCUUUGUUACUCCUCUCCUUGAUUCGGCCAUCGGCUGCCUUCCCCGUUGAGGUCCGCUCGCAAGACAGUUUCCAACAUGAGUCCGGCCACACCUGCACCAACCUCGUGAUUCCGUUCAGUGUGACCGAGAACUCGGCGGGCCACUUUGAGGAUGACAGCUACAGCAUCGAGGUCCUUCAUAACUUCAUGGACUUGCGCGAUUUCAGGACAGCGACCUACAAUAUCUCGGCCAUCUACUGUGCGCCCCCCGCGCAAGCCUCCCAUAAGCAGGACACCAUUCAAAUGCUCGUCCACGGCGCCACCUUUAGCAAGAUUAUGUGGGACUGGCCGUGGCAGCCGGAGAAGUACUCGUGGGUCCGGCGCAUGCAUGCGGAGGGCUAUCCUACUCUGACCUUUGACCUAAUCGGGUCUGGCAACUCGUCCCACCCCCACCCGCUGUACGAAGUCCAGACGCAGUUGAUCGUAGAGCAGGUCCACCAUAUGAUCAAGCUGUUGAAGGCGGGGCAGAUCGGCGGUGUGACAUACCACAAGGUCGCUUAUGUCGGAUUCAGCAUUGCCUCCAUUGCCGGGGUGUCGCUGGCGUACCAGGUUCCCGACGCCAUCGACGCGCUGGUCCUCCACGGCUUCACCUGGAAUAUCCGGGAUCUGUAUCCUGCGUUCCUGAGUGGCUUGCAGGUGGCCGCCAACGGACUCGAGAAACCGGAGUGGAAGCAAUACCCGGCCGAGUACACGACGCAGAUGAACCCGGCCGGUCGGCAAGCGGCCGUGUUCUAUGGGAACUUCGACCCGGAGAUCGUCCCGGUGGACUUCUACCUGAGAGACCUCGACACCCUCGGUCUGUCCAUCUCGCUGGCUUACCAUCUGGUGACGCCGAACUUGUACAAAGGGCCGGUGAUGCUUGCCAAUGGUGACCAGGACGCGACCUUCUGCGGGCGUUCAUGUGGAUCGGCUCCGUAUGAGCUAUACGACCGAUUCCCCAACGCCACGGAUCAUGAUAUCAAGGUCUAUCCGCAAGCGGGACAUGGCAUCCAUCUACAUAACUAUGCCCAGCAGCUGAUGAAUGAUACGCUGGCAUUUUUGAAGCGGAACGGAUUCUGA